AUGUCUGCUGCUCGUGAACCCGAUGAAAAUUCCCCCUUGCUGGUGAAUGGUCGAGCCACCAGCAACAGUGAUGCUCUUCCCAACGGCGAUGGCGAUCACGAUGGAGCUAGAACCACAGCUAUGCAUUUCCUUCUGAAAUACGACAGAACACCAGGCCGCGACAACCCAAAUCGUCUUAUCAGGUAUCCGUCGGAAACAUGGCAUGUUACCAAGCUCACAUUAUACAGCAAUUAUGUCAAUUUCCUUCUGAUCAUGGUGCCCUUGGGCAUCGUCGCCGGCGAGCUACAAUGGAGCCCCACCGCCGUCUUCACCAUCAACUUCUUUGCCAUCAUCCCUCUUGCCGCCGUCCUGUCCUUCGCCACCGAGCAAAUUUCCAUGAAGCUGGGAGACGCCAUCGGUGGACUGCUCAACGCGACCUUUGGUAAUGCCGUCGAAUUGAUUGUCAGCAUUGUCGCCCUGAAAGAAGGCCAGAUCGAGGUUGUCCAGUCGUCGAUGCUCGGGUCCAUCCUCUCCAAUCUCCUCCUCGUCAUGGGCAUGUGCUUCUUUUUCGGCGGCAUUGUCAACAUGCGUCACCCGUCUACUCAACUCGGCCAGGAGCAGGGCUUUGCCUCUGCAACGGCCCAGACGACCUGCUCCUUGAUGACGCUCUCCUCGGCGUCGCUUGUCAUUCCGGCCACGCUCUACAACGUACUGGAUGGGAACAACGAAGACAAGGAGAGGACUGUCCUGCUCUUAUCUCGAGGCACUGCCAUCAUUCUUCUUCUCCUCUAUGUCCUGUACCUCUGGUUCCAGCUCCGGACGCACCAGAACCUCUUCGACUCGGAGCAGCAACUCUCCGAAGAUGAGCCAGAAGUCCCCCUCAUGGGUGCGAUUCCCGCCGCCCUUGUUCUCGUCGUCACCACGGUUCUUGUUGCCAUCUGCGCCGACUACCUUGUCGGAAGCAUCGACGACGUCGUCGAGAGCGCCCAUAUCAGCAGGAACUUCAUCGGCAUGAUCCUUAUCCCCAUUGUCGGAAACGCGGCCGAACACGUAACAGCCGUCGUCGUGGCCGUUCGGAAUAAGAUGGACCUCGCCAUGGGCGUCGCCAUCGGCUCCAGCAUCCAGAUUGCCCUUCUCGUCACCCCCUUUCUGGUCAUUCUCGGUUGGGCCGUCCUCGAUCAGCCCAUGUCCCUCCACUUCGAGACCUUCGAAACAGUCGCCUUUGCCUUCUCCGUCAUGGUUGUUACGUACACCGUGCAAGAUGGCCGGUCGAACUACUUGGAGGGCGCCAUGUUGCUGGGGCUUUACCUUAUCAUCGCCCUAGCUUUCUACGUCACCCCAAGCGAUGCCUUGGGCAGGGCUUUGGGAGUCGUCGGACUCUAA